CAGCGCCGGCCUGCAGCUGCCCGGGCCGUAGCGCCACCCGCGGCUCACGCCAGGCAGCCCUGCAAACGCUCCCGCGUUGUGGUCGACGUGACGCGCACGGGACGCACGGAUCCCCCACCAAAACGUGCGCCACCCUCACACGACCAGCGAGCAAGCCAGGGGGGCAGCACCAGCACCCCCCUGGAGACACAAAGAUGAAGACCGCCAAGCGCCAACUGAAUAAACAUGACGCGGCAGAAGAGACCACGAAGCGCCUCGAGUCCAUCAUGGCCUCCUUCGACGCCUUCGACGCCGACAUGCGCAUCGGCACGCGGCAACGACGCGAGAAGGACGAAUUCAAGGUCUUUCACCAGUGUGACAAACUUCAAGCGCCCUUCAAUUUGGGGUGUGUCGCGGUCGGCGUGAGGUGCUGCUCUCUGGAUACGUUCGAGUGGAUCUUCCGAUGAUCGUGUCCGAGUUUGGUUGAUUUCCGCACAGGUCUUCACGAUGCAGCAGCAGAUGGCCGUCCUCGAACGGUCCUUGCACAACGAGGUCAAGAAGCGCACGGAGAUGACGAAAAGCAUCAAGACGUGGUGCGAUACUCAAGUGGCGGAGAUGCGUGCGAAAUUCCAGCACGACGUUAACGAGAGGCGAAUCAAGCUCCAGGAGCGCGUCGAUGGCCUACGAGAACGGACCAAUGACAUGCGGCGGCGCUUCACGGUCGACAUGCACGCGAUUCCGCUCGACAUCGAGGCUCGCGGUAAGGCUCUGGCCGAGCGGCUGCACCACACGAUGGAACAAUUCGAUGCUGAGUCCAAGUCGAGGAAGGAGCGCGAAGCCUCGAUGUUGCGACGCCUCGCUCAUGAUGAAUCGCGGACGGCGUCGUCGUUCGACACGGCGCGCACGGAACGCGAAAAUGAUUAUGUACGGCUCAGAAAGGCGUUGGAUGAUCAUGCGAAAGCUAGAAACAAGCGGGACCAGGCCCUCAAAGACAGAUUAUCUCAGGACCUGGCGCGACUGCGGAAUCAAGUAUCAGUCGAACAAAAGAUACGAUGGCGGGAAGAUGCCGAAUUAGCGGCGGCCAUGAACGGGUACAUCGAGAAGAUCCAGCAGUCGCUCUACAUCGUCAACUCGGAUAUUGGCGUGCCGGAGUAAAAUACUUAUGUCUA